CAUGCCCCAGUAACAGCCGUGGUACUUUUGUGUGCUACAACCUCUCGAGCGAGUGGUACUUUUAAGAUACUAUCCCUUCCAUACGGCCAUCUUGCUGUCAUUACGAUCCAGGCACGUCUGACUGUAAUCCGAACCCACCCGAGAUAAAGACGCAACAAGACGGUCGCGUACCAGAGGAAUGGUUCGACGACUGAGAAGCCUCUCCAGUUGCUUCGAAAGAGAGAACCAGGCCCAACGUUGAGUGUAAUCCUUGUUUUCAUUGUCACGAUCCACCCCAUCGUUGUCGAGGACUUCUGCGACCGGGGAAGAGACAUGUGUUAGAUGGCAUCUGAAUGAAGUGCCAGCGAUGAUGGAAAUAUUUGAGUUCCUUGAUUGAACGUGGGGUGAGAGGACUUAUCGAAGAGCGAGGAGGCAGACUGUAGGAGCGAAUAGUUUUGUUGCGAGGUUUGGACGGCGAUAUCCGAGGAUUAAAGGAGAGAGUGCACAGAGAUUGGCUGGCUUAGUUCCACUGCGCGCAGAGCGAAUCUAUGAGCUGGUAAAGGAGGAAGCUGAGACGAGUUGUAGAUUGUGGAGACUACAGACCAGCGGAAGUGUUGCUGAAAGAGCGGAACGUCGUUGAGGCUAGUUGCCUGCCAGGUUGCGAGCUCUGCAGCAAGGCGCAACGGGGUCGAGGGAACGGUGUGUAGCAGAGGUCGUCUGCGUCGAGGAGAGCAUACAAAUUUGGGGGCCCUACAUCUACCACUCGCCGCCGAAGUUUUUGAGUCUCUUGCGGGUGAUCAAGCAGAUCGUGUGUGCUGCUCAGCGCGACACUCCUCCAUCUUUUCCAUCACCCAUUCUAGUUGUAUUUGGGUCGGAGGUCGUCAGUGUGCCCUGAAUUCCCGAGCUCCAGCCAUGUCUGCGAUCUCCGCUGCUCUACGAUGGUUCAUGCGCACAUCCUAAACUCCUGAAUGCUAGCUGGAGGUUUUGAAACUCGAGUAUGCUCGCAAUUCUCGACAUCCUCCCUUAAGUCUUGCUAAAUGGCGUAUUUCAAUGCGCCGUAAGCUGUGCAUCUGGGCGAAUAGAGCUUGGCCAUGACUGUGAUUCGUGACAGCCUUCUCUAAUUUUUCGAAAUGAAGCUCCUCACCACACCUUAAAUUCUCUAGUCCGAGCGGGGGAAGCGCCCUGCCUUACUCUGGUAUUUUAUUACAGGUUAUUGUAACCCUAGGAGAUGGAUCUCUUCUGUUAUCCUUAAAUUGCAGCAUCUGAGGUGAUUGUGCCAGUGAUUCCAGACGGUCUUACGCGCUUUUGCGAAAUGAAGGUUUCCAGUUCGCCAUAAUUUGUUGGUUUUUCCAUCCACCGAAGUACUGGUUUGGCAGAAGAGAUUAUGGGGUUUUUGACUUCACGUUUUCGCGUGAAAGCGAUCCGCAAGGAAGGUCAUACAUAUUGGAGGUCCAGAACCGGGGGCUGCUCUUGUAGUUGUAGAGAUUGAGUUUGGAUAAUUCUUCAGUUUUAAAUGAUCUUGUAGAAUUUACAAGUCGAUCUGGCCAGCGAGUUUAUGCGCGCACAGCACCGUAGAGCAGAGGGUUGUGGAAAUUUGAGACAAUGAAGGUGAUUACAGUAUGCAUGCUGUUGCUCUAUCUCUGCCUUGGAGCCUUAGCAGCCUAUUUCGGGUUUUCAGCCAAGCACACGAGUGGCACAAGAGAAUACCAUGUCUUGCUGUACAAGGAUAUUUGCAUCUACCCCGACAGUCCGGCGCAAACGACGGGGCUUCUUGCUGGGCUCAUCUUACUUGUGGCUCAAAUGCUUGUUAUUGCGACCUGUGCUUGCACAUGUCGCUGGAACGACAAGAAGCAGGUGGAAGGCUUGAAUGCCACCAUAAUUGGACUCGGUUGCAUUCUCGGCUGUUUUGCCUCUGGUUUGGCUGCAGCGUUUUUCGCCUCUGGCAGCGCACUGAGCCGACCGGCGGAGCGCUACCGGGUGCGGGAAAAGACUAAUACAUCCGCCGAUUGCGCCCAACCGAAGUUCACAACAGCUAUUGCAUUGUUGUUCGUUGCGGUCUUCUUGGGCUUUAUAUUCUUUGUUGGAAUUGUUCAAGAAGCAAGAAAGGGUGUAUUGACCACUCCGCUGCCGCAGACCGCGACCGUGCCCACCGCAGACCCUGAGAAUUCCUCCCAAACUACGGACACAACUCCACCUGGUCCAGAUCGACUUCCUGUGUAAUAUCUGAAGGAUGAGGCUGUGGGAUUCAGGGUCAGGGUUGGUCCGCGUCACCGUGAUGAACAGCAUUCUCAUAGUCUUGUUUUUUGCCGGAAUGAGAUCACCUCUCUCUGCUCUCGGCCCUUGACGCCUGGGCAUUCACAAGUCUCCCUCUUGUAUAGAGCUUCAAUUUCAGUUUUCCGCUUGGUUCAGCCCUAGGCGCAUGUCAGUAAGGUUUGAGCAUCAAACUCUGUGCUGUCAAGUAUCAGCAGAAGUGAACAUAUUUUUAGUCAGGAAGAGGACUCACCACCAUGUCGUGGAGCAGUUGGUGUCUAUCCGAGUUGUGGGAUGUGUGCACGCGAAAAUCGAGUUGAAAUCGAGCGCAUUCAAGUUGUAAGAUUAUAAUAAGAUGUUCUGAAUCCUAAGACUGCAUACCAACGAAUUCUGUUCGGGGGUGUGUGUUGGGACCGAGGGAUUAAUCAGCUUUUGAA